AUGGGAGGCCGAAAGUUUUAUGAUAUUGAUAUUGCACCAUAUGUAUUACCUGCAGAUAUUGAAGAGGAUGAUCGCUUACAUCAACAGCAUUUCGCGCUCAAAUAUAUUUGUGGAGGUAAUUACACGGCUCCGAUUCAUGAUUUAAUAAAGCCUGGAAGUAAGAUACUGGACUUGGGUUGUGGUCCAGGCCAAUGGACACUAGAAAUGGCACAAGAAUUUCCACAAGCAGAUAUAUAUGGUAUCGACAUAAACGCGAAUUUCCCAACUACAGUUAAACCGUUAAAUUCACAUUUCAUAGUUGGUAAUAUCACAGAAGGUUUACCUUGGGAAGAUAACUACUUUGAUUUUAUUUGGAUACGAUAUUUGUUCGUUGGAAUUAUGGAUGCAGAUUGGCAGAAUUUAUAUCGUGAGAUUAGGCGUGUGCUAAAACCAGGCGGAAUACUUGAACAUCAUGAGUGUGAUGGGCUUACCGUAAACCCUGGCCCAAAAUUUAGAAAAAUCCUAAACCAUUUUGAAGAAGCAUUUAUUUCACGUGAUCUAAGCUUUCGAUUGGCAGGUGAACUAAAUGAACGAAUUACGAUGGCUGGUUUCGAAGAUCCACAGCAAUCGUACAUAUCUGUAGCGAUCGGAAGACAAGGGGGUAAAAUUGGGGAAAUAUGGGCAGCGAAUUUGAAAGAUGGUUCUCUCGCUAUGAAACCAUGGAUCGCGGAACUCACCGGGUUGACAGAAGAAGAGUACGACUCAAUAAUUCAAUAUAUUUUCGAUCAUGAAAUUUUCGAACAUGAUGAUUAUCAUAAUCAUCAUAUAGUAUGGGCUCGAAAAAUUCAAUAA